AUGGUUCUCCGCUCAUACCUUACAGCGUAUACGAACAUGUGUUUUGCAAUAGGCCAAUUCAUUGGGGCUGGAGUGCUGCAAGGCCUUCUCAGUCGUGGCAAUCAGUGGUCGUACCGGAUACCGUACGCGAUCCAAUGGGUCUGGCCCGUCCCGCUGUUUUUCUUCUCAUUCCUCAUGCCGGAGUCUCCUUGGUGGCUGGUCCGUAAGGGACGCUAUGCAGAGGCGGAAAAGACCGUUCGGCGCCUCACUGCCGGCGCAGAGAAAGCUUCAUCCCACCAAAUUGUGGCUAUGAUGAUCCACACGGAUGAGAUAGAGCAGAAAAUAGAGGAAGGAAGCUCGUAUUCGGACUGCUUUAAAGGCACCAAUCGUCGUCGAACAGAGAUAGCCUGCAUCACUUUUGCAGGCCAGGUCUUAGCGGGCAGUCAGUUUGCAUACUCGGGUACGUAUUUCUUCGAACAAGCCGGUAUGAGUUCUAGCGACGCAUAUAAACUCGGCCUGGGCGGGACUGCCAUCGCGUUUGUGGGUACCAUCCUGUCUUGGUUCUUCAUGAAGAUCACGGGACGCCGUACCAUGUAUCUCUGGGGAAUGGGGCUGCUGUGCAUCUACUUGAUCACAAUCGGAUUCUUGACUCUCGGAGAGCGGAAUAACGGCGUGGAAUGGGCCCAGUCGGUACUCUGUAUUAUUUGGUUGUUCACGUUCUCUAUUACUGUGGGCCCAAUGGGCUGGGCCAUACCUCCGGAAGUUUCCUCGACGCGCCUUCGCUCCAAAACAAUCUGCCUGGCGCGAAAUACCUACUACGUUGCUAUUGUUGUGGCCAACGUAAUCGAACCAUACAUGAUGAACCCGACGGCAUGGGACUGGAGAGGCAAGACGGGGUUUUUCUGGUUCUCGUUUGCGUUCUGCGUAUUGGUGUGGGGGAUCUUCCGGCUCACCGAGACCAAAGGGCGCACAUUCGAAGAACUGGACAUUAUGUUUGCGGCGAAUGUACCCACGCGGAAGUUCAAGAGCUACCGUGUCAAUCCUUACGCGGAGGACUUGGAAAUCAAGGACCGGGUGGCUCUGGAAGCUUAG